AUGUCAGUGAAUUCUCCUCAAAUCCAGUACAUUGAAGAGUUGUUAGAUCGUCUCUUUCGGGGUAUUUUGUCCGCUAAAUUGGAAGAUCUGAAAGUUCUUUCAAGUACAAUACCAAUUUCCGGAAAAAUAAGUUUCGCCGACUCAAAAAUUACUCAUGGCGAAGCACUUUAUUUGUUCUGUCGUCUUGAACGUGAUUAUUCAUCCUUGCAAAUAUUUCCAAACAAAUCUUUAUUUUCCAGAAAAGAUGAUUGUCUAACGUCGUAUAAUUCGCUGCGUAAUGGAUUCGAUAGUGUUUGUAACAUUCCUAAUUCACUAAAUAUUCAGUAUGAAUUUGCUGUUCAUAUGCAGACGCUUACUGCCGCUCGUGGUCAGUUAGUAACACUAUAUCGAAAUUUUACAGAGAAUCCUUUAUUUUUGAUUACAAAGUGUACUACAGCGAUUAAAUCUGUCUCAGAUAUACUAAGUAGACUUUCUACAAUUGAUGGAAAUGUUUUUACAAAAGCGUUUUCCUAUAUUUCACAAAUAAUCAAACAGGAAGUUAUUAUUCUUCGUGAAUUGAUAAGUGCUCAAAAUGCAAUAUCAGAUCUUAUGUUUCUGGAGUCAUUGCUUUGUUUAGAUCGAGCAAAAACCGGUAUACAUGAAUUCAACAAACUUUUUGUUUCUCAGGGCGUUAUUCCACUCGGUAGACAACCUGCGAUUGUUUCAUGGCUUGAAGGCUUUUAUGCGAAUUUAUUAAGUAAAUAUACAUUAUACUGGUUUGAAAUUUUAACUCGUUCUGUAUCUGGUCUACAUGAAAUCGAAGCUACAGUGAAAUCGGAAAAUCCAGAUUUAGUCAAUAGCAUUAUACAUUUCCAACAAGAAACUAAUGCGUUAAACAUUUCCCUACUGUUUGAUACAACUUGUCAGUCGUUUGCAUUCCUUGGACAUGGUUAUGUGUUGAGAGGUUCCGUUGGUGAUGCCCCAAAAGGCAUUGGUAGUAUUCCGCCAAUUUUUACUGCUCCAUUGGGUAGUUGUUUAUCUCCAGUCGACGUGUAUACAAUUGUGAUGCAAAUCAACAGUACACUUCAUCAUGGAAGUGAUGAUGAAAACGAUAAUCUUAAUGAAUUACUAAAACAACCACGUUAUGUAUACGAUGAAAAGCUGUCGCAUACAUAUUACAUUAAAAAAAUAGAGCGUCGUGUAUACUUAGCACUAGUUUAUGAAGGUUUAAAAUCUCCAAAAGAUAAAUCAAUCAACGAGUUUAUAUCAAUGCUUACAGAGACAGUGUGUUUACAUCAAGUUGUUAAUCUAUUAAGACAACGUCAACAAACAUCCGCCUCAUCAUCAUCAUCUGAACGAAACUAUCUACGAUCCUUGUUUUUUCACUAGUUUAUCAGGGUUUGUUUGCUUAUUUUUAUUUAUUUUUUUGAUAAUGCAUUGGAUUUCUUUUAUACUUCUGUUAAUUUGGAUGAUUUCUGCAUCAUAAAAAUUAUCCCUGUAUUUCUCAACCUCGUAGAGAGGAGAAAAACGUGUAUAUAGUUGUAUAGUUUUAUAUCGUAUAUAAGAACGAGAUAUAAAGUAGUGUGAACGUACAUGUCUUCCUUCUAUUAACAAUAAUAAUAAUAAAAGUAUAUUCUCAUUUUUUGUACAUAAAGGACGCCAGUUUACAGGUGUCAUCAAUAUGAUAAAUUACACAUACGAUUAGUAGGCAUAUUCAAUAAUAAUAAUAGUAUGAUAAAAUACAUACGUAUUCCCACCUAUGUAGAACACACCAAUUGUACAGGCAUAGAUAAGUAUUAUUUGAAUUAGAUCCUGAUCUCUGGCUCUACUCUAAUAUAUAUAUAUAUAUAUAUAUAUAUGUUUGGCAGGUUCAUCAUCAUUUUCCGAGCAUUAUGCAGCAUGGUUAAGCAUAAGGUUGACGUUAUUACUGCGUUUAAAAUUAUUUAUCGCAUUCCGACUAACUUUAAUUUUGCUUUACGAGUUCGUCUCCUACAUAGAGCUGAAGCAAUAGAAAUCCACUUGAAGAAGGCAAACCUUUGUAUUCGGAAGAAAUUCUCAUUAACAAAAACAUCCAAGUAUGUUUUGGAUGUAUUACAUAUAAUUGGGUGAAAAAUGAAGCUUGAAGACAUUUCCCUCAUAUAACUUUGGUGUGUACAAAAUGGAAUCUUAUUGUUGAUUUAUGUCCAAAUUGGGUAUUAAUUUAAGAAUAAGUGAUAUACUUGUAUAGUGUUCUCAGCAUUUUCAUCGUAAGUAACACCCGAAGUGAAUUGAACUCAACGAAGACUAAUAAUAAUGAUAUUUUUCUUAUAUUUUCUUAUAAAUGGUUGUCUACAAGAAAUGCAAGCAAUUUUUACAGGCAAGAUCAGUCAUGUUAUAAGUUACAAUCGUGAAGUAUUAUAAAUUAAUGCUUUCGCAUUGGUAUAAAGGUAUAUUUCACAACUGUAAUCCAGGAUGCGUCGUGGGGGAGGGUAAUGUGUAAUUCACGAGGCAGUUGUAGGAUACGGGACUGAUAAUGCUUGCAGAUCGUCAGUCAUUAUAAGUGGUCAAAUAUCUACAUUCUUCAUGCUAAUUAAAAAUGCCAAAUAGAAGCUAAAAUGUUGAGAGAGAAGACAGAAGAAAAACGACAGCAGCACAGGAGAAUGCAAGUGGAUUCCUCAAGGAGUGAUAUAUACUGUAAAAGUAACUAUGAUUAUUUUGGUACACAAACUAACUAGUCCCGUU